AUGUUGCCGGACGGCGAUGCCUUGCUUUGGCGGUCCAGUCUUGUCCUGGCUUCAGGGCGGAGUGAUGACAGCAGCGUACAUUUCCCCACACACACCCGACACUCACAGGCGAGCCUGAUCCAGGAACAGGUCGGGACUGGAGCCGUGGUCAUCUCCAUUCUAAUGACCAUGUCACCCCUGCUCGCUCCUGUUCUGCCCCUGUCGGACAUUGGCCUGUCCCUGCUCCCCCGUUCAUGGCAUUCUGGAGUCCCGAGGCGCCGCGCGCAAAGCACGUCGUCGACCAUCCUAAGGGGGGUGAUGGCGCGGGUAUCCCCUCGGAGCCCUCAUGGCGUGGUACCUGUUGAGGGCAUCGCCGAGGUCGCACUGACCGGAACCCAACAGCAGCCCCCCGGGAGCAAUCUUCUUUCACCUGUUGAGACGUUGGAACCGUACCCGCAACCGAGCCAUCGCAACGGCAACGGGCAGCGGGCGAGCAACCGGCCGGGGCGGAAGACAGCCAGGAGUCCACUCAGGACAGCACACGACCAUCAGACAGGGUGCAAAUUGAAAUGUCGGGCCCAAACAGAGUCAAGUGCAUAG